AAAAGCAAUGAAGCACCACUUCAUCAACGUCGCCAAGUGACGUCGACGAUGGGCCGCUAGAUGGUAGCUUUCCCGAAGCGGGCGACGCGCGCGUCGGCACGUGAUGGCGCACCGUCCUAGUCUGUCUGGGGAUGAAGGUGCGUGCUUGUUUUUUUUUUUUUUUUUUUUUUUUUGUUUGACAGACAAGCAAACGCGCCGCGCAAGCUUGUUUGCUCACUCCCCCUGUCUCACUCUCGCCCUGCAUAUGCCGUGCGUCUGGCCAGAAACGUCGGCUCCUGCCUCCCUUCCUCCCUCCAUGGCCCGACCUCCAGCCCGGACGAGCACGGCAGCGCGCAUCGCAGCACGCAGCCACGCAGCCAGCCCUCCAUCUCCAUCUCCGGGUACGGGUACGGGUACGGGUACGGAUAGGUAUUCCGUUCUUCUCCCCUUCCUCUCCUUCCUUCCUUCCCACGCCUCCUUCAUCGCCACCGCCAAGCCGUGCGUGCUGUUGUGCUGUUAUGCUUUUAUGCUGCAGUGCAAUGCACGCACGCGCUAGCUAGCCCUACCUCCUCUACGGAAGGAAGCCCUACCCUACCCUACCCUACCCUACCUUUCCCAUCCCAUCUCAUGCAUUCCACGCCUUCGACCCGCCCCC